AUGCCUCUCCGGCUCUUGGCUGCAUCGACAGCUUGCAACACACGGCAUCUUUUCUGGAGGCGCCUCCUUCAGCGGCUGCAGAUGGCAUCCGGCUGCGGGAAGAAGCGCCCACCGGGACAGCCGACCUUCGGCUGCCUCCAGCGCCCCCCGCCUUCUGCACCCCAAGCCGGGGGCUCCGAACCCCCACCCCCAGGCGCCACCAUGCUGGACCCUUCGUCCAGCGAAGAGGAAUCGGAUGAGAUCCUGGAAGAGGAGAGCGGCAAGGAGGUGCUGGGCUCGGCCGCGUCCGGAGCGCGCCUGUCUCCUAGCCGCACCAGCGAGGGC